AUGACCCGGUUGGGAUUGCGAUUCGUCGCAUCCGCAGUUUGGCUGGCCGGGAUCGUUAACGCGCAAUAUAAUCACACAUCAUGGGCGAGCAAUCCGCCGCCGGUCACGCCGUUAGGAGGACGAGGUGAUAUUCCAGGAAGGCAUGAAAAUAGUAGCGAUAGCGAUGAUGAUUACAGCAAUACGUUGGGAUGGAAUACCAAUAGAGGGUUCAUCACGGAUAACGAAGGAUAUCCCGAGAAUGGGGAAAGGCGGAACAGCAGUUCCACUGAUUAUUACAGUCCCGACGAGAGGACUCGGCAGUGGAGCUACUACAGAAACCGGAGCGAUCCUUAUGGUCAAGGUUACUCGAGCCGGUAUCCUUACGAUCGAGUGGGAUCGCAGGAGGACAGGUAUUCUGGCAGUGGCAGCGCGUCAGGAUCCGGAAUAGACGAAAAUCGACCGGGUGGUUUUCCCGAUAGUCGCACGAUAGACGGAGGAUAUUACGAGACAUACAGCGGUGGCGGCGAGAGUGAACGAGGAGGAGGAGGAACAGGCUCCUACCAUCGCGGCCGCGGACAACAAGGUUCCGGUGAUCCUCACGGCGGCAGAGAUCCUUACGCGACCUACGAUAACGAGGAUGAUCGCGGCACAAAUAUUGCGGAUCCUUACGGUCGAGGAUCAGACUCUUACGGCUCCCGUAGAACCGGCGAAUCUUACGGUCGCGGAAGCGGGGACGCUUAUGGUCGUGGCGGGGACGCUUAUGGUCGCGGCGGUGACGCUUACGGCGGCGGACAUAGUUAUGGUGGCAGUGGUAGUAGCUACGGUGGUGCUGCAGAAGAUAACGAAAAUUACCCGAGCAAUUAUCAAGCGGUACCGAUGCCGGGAGCGUCUCGCGGGAACUGCACAGGAUCGGGAUGCUGCGUGCCCAAGUGCUUCGCCGAGAAAGGAUCACGGGGACCACCUGGAGUAAUGGGACCGCAGGGUCCGAAGGGACAACGAGGAUUUCCAGGAACAGAAGGUCUUCUAGGACCCAAAGGCCAGAAAGGAGAUCCCGGUCCACAGGGUCCGCACGGUGUCAAAGGUGACAGAGGAAAAACUGGUAUGCCUGGUUUCCCCGGCAUAAACGGUGUACCUGGAGUGCAAGGACCUCCGGGACCAGCCGGUUUGCCUGGUCGUGAUGGCUGCAACGGAACGGAUGGUGCUCCCGGGCGUAAAGGUAUCCCCGGAGAACCAGGGCCUCGGGGUAUUCCAGGCACGCCCGGUCCUAAAGGAGAUAAAGGUCAACCGGCGUACGCCGGUUCUUUUCCGGUGGGACAAAAGGGUGAACCUGGUAUGGACGGUGUGAGAGGUCCUCCAGGACCGCCUGGUUUUCAGGGAGAUCGAGGUUCGCCUGGUUUGAAGGGCGAACGAGGUCUUUACGGAUCUCCUGGUGCACCGGGUCCGAAAGGAGAGAAGGGAAAUAUGGGUCUUGGAUUCGAAGGGUUGAAGGGAGACAAGGGUCAAAAGGGAGAACAAGGACCUCCAGGCACAACCGCGCCUAUCAUGCCGUUCGAGGGUGUCAGGGAAGUAACAGGUCCGCAAGGAGAAGCGGGACAAAAAGGAGACAAAGGUGAAAUGGGACCGGAAGGGCAAAAAGGAGAGGCAGGUUUCAUAGGUGAUCACGGUAUACCCGGAGGGCCCGGCCACAAGGGAGAAAAAGGUCUCCCGGGAGCACCAGGUAUUCGGGGCAGAGAUGGUUUCUCUGGACCACCCGGACCUCCGGGACGAAAGGGUGAUCGAGGUAUCGAUGGAUUGGAGGGACUUUCCGGACGUCCAGGUAAAAAGGGAGAACCCGGUCGAGAUGGACCGAUGGGAGUCUCAGGAUUACGAGGACCUCCUGGGCCACCAGGAGGUGGUAAAGGAAGACCAGGACCGCCAGGACCGAAAGGACCACGUGGUUUCCCAGGAGCUACUGGACCACGAGGAGCAGACGGUUAUCCGGGAGAUCCAGGACCAAGAGGUCCCAUAGGAAUACAAGGAGGUCCCGGAUUACCAGGAAUUCCGGGUCCGGAAGGUGUGCCAGGUGAGAAAGGCGCAAAGGGUGAGUCUGGCUUGACCGGAUUCCCGGGAGGUGUAGGGCUACGCGGAUUUGACGGGCCGCCUGGACCAGCGGGGCCACGAGGACCACCAGGAGAAAAAGGAAUUUCGAGAAUAGGACCGAAAGGAUUAGAUGGAACGCCCGGUUUUGACGGAGAAAAGGGUCAAAAGGGAGAACGGGGUUACGCAGGUGUCCGAGGACGGCCGGGAGACUCUCUGGAUGGUAUUCCAGGAGCACCUGGUUUACCGGGUGAGCCUGGAGAAUCGGGAGCGCCAGGAAGAGACGGCAUACCAGGACUUCCGGGAUCGUCUGGAGAGAAGGGAGAUAUCGGCGGUCGUUGUCAGGAUUGCUUACCGGGAUUGCGAGGUGCUAAAGGAGACCGCGGUACAGAUGGUAUCCCAGGACUUACGGGACCUCGAGGACCGCCUGGAGAGCGCGGUUUCCCCGGAGAAUCUGGUAUAGAUGGACUACCGGGCACGAUCGGACCUCCGGGACCCCCAGGAAAAGAUGGUAUACCCGGUGCUCCAGGACCUCAAGGAGAAUCCGGAACCCCAGCGACAGUCACAUGGAAUAUGCUCAAAUUAGAGAAAGGUGACAAAGGUGAACGUGGUGAGCUAGGUCGACAAGGUCCGCAUGGGCCAGAAGGACCUCAGGGAGAGAAGGGUAGGUCUGGAUUCGAAGGUUUUCCAGGGCUCAAAGGAAUUCCAGGAGAUCGCGGCUUUCCUGGACAAGAUGGCGUCCCGGGAAAACCGGGUAUUCCUGGACGUAAAGGAGAGGGUGGACUAAGUGUGAAAGGCGAACCAGGAGAGCCUGGUCGACCAGGUUCUCCAGGACAGAAAGGAGAGCCUGGUCUGUACGGACUCAAAGGCGAACCUGGCAAAUGUCCGUUACUUAACUUGAAGGAGGGUUUCAAAGGCGAUCGAGGUUUAACUGGCGAGAAGGGAGAACCCGGACCUCCUGGUGUAGAUGGAACACCAGGUGACAAAGGAUUGCAAGGUUUCGCGGGUCCACCCGGUCCAAUCGGACAAACUGGUGCACCUGGCCCUGUCGGUCCAAGAGGUUUACCAGGUCCGCGCGGUGACAAAGGCAACAUGGGUCCUAUGGGUUUCCCGGGAGAACUUGGUCGAGAAGGACCUAGAGGAUUCCCGGGAGCACCAGCUCCAAAAGGUGAUAAAGGAGAGCCUGGCAUAUCAGUCAAGGGCAGUCCUGGUCUACCGGGUCCUCCGGGUGAGAAGGGAGAAAAAGGUCUCCCCGGACCGCCGGGUAAAGAAGGUCCAGUUGGUUAUCCGGGAUUGGCAGGCUUUGUUGGCGAGAAAGGAGAUAUCGGCGCACCGGGAAUAAACGGUUUACCUGGAGCGCCUGGUGAAAAGGGAGACACCGGUCUGGCUGGUCCUCCAGGUCCUCCUGGUAUGUCUGGUAUUCCAGGAAUCGACGGGAGCAAAGGUGAGCCAGGGUUACCGGGUGAACCUGGUAGAGCGGGUCUUCCAGGAUUCCCAGGCGCAAAGGGUGAUCGUGGUGAACCAGGUAUCGAUGGGCCGAAAGGAUAUCCCGGUAGGCGAGGUUUGCCUGGCUCUCCAGGUAUACCUGGUGGGGAGGGUGCAUCGGGUAUUAAGGGAGAACGCGGUGAGAAAGGUUCGCCAGGUUUCCCCGGGUUGCCUGGUAUGGAAGGAAAGCCUGGUCGUCCUGGUAUAAGUGGAUUAAAAGGAGAUCAAGGACCAUCAGGCUUGUAUGGUUUACCAGGAUCUAUCGGUCGCGAUGGAUUAAAGGGUGAUAUCGGUCCACCGGGUCUGCCGGGAAAAAAAGGAGAACCAGGUCAAGUUUCGGAGAAAGGACAGAAAGGUGAGCCUGGAAUGCCUGGAAUACGAGGACCACAAGGUCCUCCAGGUCGAGAUGGAAUUGACGGUGCGAAGGGCGAACCUGGCGAACCAGGUAUUGGUCGUGACGGAAGGCCCGGAUUAAAGGGUGAACCAGGCAUUCCAGGUCUGGAUGGAAUCCAAGGAAUCCAAGGUCAAAAGGGUGACACCGGUGUACAAGGAUUUCCUGGAAUGAAAGGCGACCUAGGACUACCGGGUGUAUCAGGAGAAGUAGGACCACCCGGCAUAGAUGGAAUUCCCGGUGAAGAUGGUAUUGUCGGGCCACCAGGACCUCCAGGUUUUCCUGGACUCGAUGGUGAAAUGGGAGCCCCUGGUCGACCUGGACUUGAUGGUGUCAAAGGAGAACGCGGUCUACUAGGAGUCAUUGGGCAGCCCGGUAUUUUGGGAGCACCUGGAGAGAAGGGAGAUCGUGGCCCUCCGGGACCAACAAUACAGAUCAAGGGUGAAAAGGGUGAACCAGGUAUUCCUGGAUCUCCUGGCAUUACUGGGGAAAAAGGGGAUCGAGGCUUGGAAGGUAUCGCUGGUUACGAUGGUGAAAAAGGUGACAGAGGUGCACCGGGACCUGAAGGACUUCCAGGACCUCAUGGUGCCACUGGUCCUAAAGGUGAACCAGGAACUAUUGGUAUCCCUGGUGUUCCUGGAAUCGCGAUAAAGGGCGAAAAAGGUCUACCAGGCUUGCUCGGUAAACAUGGUAGAGACGGUUUGCCAGGACGACCCGGAGAGAAGGGCGAACGGGGAUUGCCCGGUUUGCCUGGACCGAAAGGAAACGUUGGUCCUUACGGACCGGUUGGGCCACAAGGUGAAAAGGGCGAACCAGGGCCACAGGGUCUGACUGGAGCACCAGGACGCGAUGGAGCUCGAGGCUUAGACGGUGUGCCGGGAAUACCUGGUGAGAUAGGCCCGAAGGGUGAUCAAGGACCGCCUGGAUUAUUCGGCGCCCCAGGGCAAAAAGGAGAACCCGGGUUUACAGGACCAAGUGGUCUGGAUGGACUCCCAGGAGAGAAAGGCGAGAGGGGUUGGGACGGUCUGAAUGGUCCACCUGGAGCACCUGGUGAGAAGGGAGACAGAGGAUAUCCUGGCGCAAUUGGUUUGACAGGCGCUAUCGGUUAUGUGGGUCAAAAGGGUGAAAAAGGCGAAGACUGUAUCGAGCCGCCAAUGGGACCCAAAGGAGAUCGCGGAUAUCCGGGACCGAAUGGACCAGCCGGCCUACCGGGAGAGAAAGGACUUACAGGUCCACCGGGCUUCCCCGGCCUGGACGGAAUCAAAGGCGCACAAGGUAUCCCUGGUCCUUUCGGUCCACCUGGUUUCCCAGGUUUGCCCGGACCGGUCGGCGCACCUGGUCAGCAGGGUCUUCAAGGUCCUGUCGGUACGCCUGGACUUAUCGGCGAGCCCGGUUUACCCUGCGAAACAACACCUGAUUAUCUCACCGGUAUCCUUCUGGUCAAACACAGUCAAAGCCAAUUCGUGCCGGUCUGCGAGCCAGGACACAUUAAGCUCUGGGAAGGAUACAGUAUGCUGUAUACCGACGGCGACGAGAGGGCGCAUUCUCAAGAUUUAGGUUACGCCGGCUCAUGCGUACGAAAGUUCGCGACGAUACCCUUCCUGUUCUGCGACGUCAACAACGUCUGCCAUUACGCUAGUCGCAAUGAUCGCUCUUACUGGCUAUCGACCAAUAGUCCAAUUCCCAUGAUGCCCGUCGAGGAGUCGGCGAUAGAAGAAUACAUCUCCAGGUGCGUGGUGUGCGAAGUUCCAGCUAACGUGAUAGCGGUGCAUAGUCAAACGAUAAGCAUUCCAGAAUGUCCGGCUGGAUGGACCGGCCUUUGGAUCGGUUACAGUUUUCUCAUGCACACCGGCGCAGGUUCCCAGGGCGGCGGCCAGUCCCUGUCGAGUCCUGGCUCCUGCCUGGAGGACUUCCGCGCCACACCGUUCAUCGAGUGCAACGGCGCCAAAGGACACUGCCAUUAUUAUACUAAUCAAUACAGCUUUUGGAUGGUAACUAUAGAAGACGGCCAGCAGUUCAGGAGUCCCGAAAAGCAAACCCUAAAGGCGGGCAAUCUUAGGUCCCGAAUAAGUCGCUGCCAAGUUUGUAUAAAGAAUACGUAAAACUACGCGCGCCACCGUUACACAUACACACGUUACACGUAUAAGUGCAUAACACCUACACACGUACAGAUACACGUGUACACGCAUACAUGAACAAUACAUCUCUUUCCUUUUCCGUUUCUUUUUUUUUACACGAGAACAGAAGCGAAACUGUCACUACGAAUAUAACGAGCAGGGUAUCGGAGUCGACGGUGAUUCCGUCGAGUUCUCGGGCUCUCUCUCUCUCUCUCUCUCUCUCGCUCUCUCUGCUCCCCUCUCUCGACACGCGAAAAUGAUCUCCAUGUUUACACGAGACGACGGGAAACGCGACGAUUCGCUCGAAAGAUACAUUUUGCUGUGGCACGGAAAAUAGGGCCCGUCUAAAUUACGACCGGUUUCGCUCCCUGAUAACAAGGAAGAAGAGAGCAGUAACGUCUCGCGAUGGAACACGACGGAACGGAAGUUCGAAGGACUCGCUCGAUCCGCGUCGACGACAUCGAAAUAAAGAGAGCGACGCGUCCCUCCCUCGUGAUCUUCUCCCUCUGUCUCUCCCUCUAUACCUGGUGUAUUCCGUAACCACGUCUUAUCUUCGUUAUUCUUGCCCGACUUCCCCUCCCCCCCCUUACCGUCUUCUACGUCUCCGUCCUCGGUAACUUCUUUUCCCGAGAGCCAUCUUCCUCGCUCGUUAACCACCCUUUCAUCUUCCCCACGAACGCUGCCUCUUUUGCCAUAUGUGUUUUCUUCUUAUUUUUGUUCUCUCUACUUUUUUUUAUAUGUAUAACUAUUCAAGCAAGUGCCUCUAGCGCGUACUACCCUCUCUCUUCUAGCAUGUAAAAUAAUAUAUAUUUAUAUCUUUCGUAUGAAUCUCUCGUAUUUGAAGUCUAAGUUUAAUGUACUCUACCACGGACACUGCCCAUAUCCAAUAUGGCACAUUUUACAUAUUGUAUAUUAAUAUAAACGAUCUUAGCCUGGUAAUCGUGUGACGCCAAAUAUUUAAAUAAAUAGGUAUUUUGCUACGUAGCUAAUAAAAUUCUAUUUUCAAACUUCA